UGGCUAGAGCGUCUUUUCUUCCGCAGGAAGCGGAAGGACGAUAGGGUAGGCGGCUCUUUGUCGAAGCUAGAGGACCGGCAGGCGGCAGCAGCAACUACGGCGGCGGCGGCAGAACCCAGCAGUGAUGUGGAGGUGGAGACCCACAGGAGCCCCGGACUUCACCUGAGCUACCUCAGUCACCAAGGGUGGCAAGAAAAGGAAGAGAGCCCUGAAUUGGGGGGGACCAGGAUGCCGGACCGGGACAGCUAUGCCAACGGCACUGGGAGCAGCGGUGGAGGCCCUGGAGGCGGUGGCAGUGAGGAGGCCAGUGGGACAGGGGCAGGCAGUGGCGGGGCCAGCUCAGAUGCCAUCUGUAGAGACUUCCUGAGGAAUGUGUGCAAGCGAGGCAAGCGCUGCCGUUAUCGCCAUCCAGACAUGAGUGAGGUUUCCAACUUGGGGGUGAGCAAAAAUGAGUUCAUCUUCUGCCACGACUUCCAGAACAAGGAGUGUAGCCGCCCGAACUGUCGAUUCAUCCAUGGCUCCAAGGAGGAUGAGGAUGGCUAUAAAAAGACAGGAGAGCUUCCUCCUCGGCUGAGGCAGAAAGUGGCAGCCGGCCUGGGCCUUUCACCAGCUGACCUACCAAAUGGCAAGGAGGAGGUCCCUAUCUGCCGUGACUUUCUCAAGGGUGAUUGCCAGAGAGGAGCCAAGUGCAAGUUCCGGCACCUGCAACGAGAUUUUGAGUUUGAUGCCCGGGGUGGAGGAGGCGCUGGUGGUGGGGGCUCAACAGGCCCAGUUCCCCCAGGACGACGUCACGAUCUCUAUGAUAUCUACGACCUCCCUGACAGGGGCUUUGAGGACCAUGAGCCAGGCCCCAAGCGCCGACGAGGUGGAUGCUGCCCCCCAGAUGGCCCCCAUUUUGAAUCGUAUGAAUACAGCCUGGCUUCGUCCCGAGGGGUGGAGUGCAGACUGCUAGAAGAGGAGAAUGCCAUGCUCAGGAAGCGGGUAGAGGAGCUGAAGAAGCAGGUCAGCAACCUGCUGGCCACCAACGAGGUACUGCUGGAACAAAAUGCCCAGUUCCGCAAUCAGGCCAAGGUCAUGACCCUCAGCUCCACUGCACCAGCGACUGAGCAGACUCUGGCCCCCACCGUGGGCACUGUCGCCACUUUUAACCAUGGCAUCGCCCAGACUCACACUACUCUCAGCAGCCAGGCUCUACAGCCUCGCCCCGUGUCCCAGCAAGAACUGGUGGCCCCUGCUGGAGCUCCAGCUGCUCCCCCAACUAAUACUGCACCUCCUGCUGCUCCACCACCCCCACCCCCACACUUGAACCCAGAGAUCACGCCACUGUCAGCUGCUCUGGCUCAAACCAUUGCCCAGGGAAUGGCACCCCCACCUGUCUCCAUGGCUCCUGUGGCUGUAUCUGUGGCUCCUGUGGCCCCUGUGGCCGUAUCAAUGGCCCAGCCCUUGGCAGGAAUCACAAUGAGCCACACCACCACUCCCAUGGUGACUUACCCCAUCGCUUCCCAGAGCAUGCGUAUCACAGCCAUGCCACAUUGAUGGGGCUAAUGGACACUCCCCUGGUAUAGCCUUCCAGGGCUGGGGUCGAGGGGCCCUUACCCACCCACUCGCCUAGCCAUCCCACGCCCUGUCCGAAGGGCUCACCCAUGAACGAGGACAAGAAACUACAAGGAGUUUGCUUCUGAGAAGGGAUUGGGUUGGUGUGUUUUCUCUCACCUCCCUUUUAUGAGGGUUCUCUUGUCCAUCUUCCUUCAAGCCUCACAGAGGGGGCUUGCAUAGGAGCGCAGACUGAAGCCAGCAGAGGAAGGACUGAUUGAGGGCUUGUGUGUCCUCUGAUGGGAAGCUGGGGACAUCCCUGGUCUUGUCCUCUCUUCUGCACAGCACAGGUUCCAGCACUGGCUUUGGAAGAAAAAAAUACCCUGUCCAGAGGGAAAGCCAGGAAAGAUGGGGAAGUGGGUGGCCAGGAGAAAAGGCCUCAUAGGAGCCUUCAGACAUUUGGGGGCCUAGUUGAGCUGGACAGUACAGGAGCUGCUCCUGGGCCCGUGGGAAGGCGGGGACCACAGUACUCCAGCCCAAAGACUAGGGGAGCUUUCAGUACCUGGCUUGGCCUGGCAAUCCAUAGGGCAGGGCCCACCAUUUUCCAAAGAAAUAAAAAAAAAUUAUUUUUAACAAGUGGAGGCAGUGAAAACUUGCUUAGAUAUUCUGUGUAGAAGAUGGGAGCAGUAAAUAGAUCUCAUGCCAAAAUGAGAUAAAGACCCUACUCUCACAUAACUUGGGUAAGGUUGGAUGGAAGCCAGUGAAGAAGGGUAGGACCCAGGACAAGACCAAGACCAAGACCAAGACCAAAGGCUUUGGGGAAGGCAAUUCACAGCGUAAAAACAUCGGAGCCACCUAGUCUAGUUUAAAAAUAGUCCCAUCUGUUCAGGUUUCUAUCUGCAUGUACUAUUCCCAGGUUGCCUUAGUAACCAGGGUUCCUAGGGUCAUUUAGGGGGGCAGGUACUAAGGAGGGGGCUGUGCUGGGAAAUAGAAUGGGAUAUGUAUUGACAGAUCUUCCCUUAUUCAAACAGAGCAGGGCAGGUGGCUCUGCAAUCUGAGUUGUUGAUGGCAGUUACAUCCCUCCCACCCCAUCCUGUCCUCAGUUACCAGUGCCUUAAGCCUUCAAGGCUUGAGAGGUGCUGGGAAAAGGAGAGUUCUUCUGGGAACACCGGCCUCAGGGUUCAUCCCUUUCUUCCCUCUGCCUCCACUUAGAACUACAAAGAUUUUCAAUCCAAUUAAAAAGUAAGGCCAGGGGUCCCGGUAGCCAAACCUCAGUUCCUCCUCAGCUCAUGGCUGUUGUAGGGGAAACAACUCAGGUGUCUAGUCUAAUGGUCAGUGGAUUUGGGGCUAGAGAAAGUGAUCCUGGGUUGUUCUCUCCCCAUCGUUUCGUGCUACCUCUUGUUCUCUUGUCUGGUUGAUCACUCAGGUUACACCUGGGGUUGAAGAUGGUGGGCUAGGUAAAGGCUAGUCAUUAAGGGGGGAGGGGGGCUGAAGACUAAAAACGGGCAAAUACUAAAAUAUUGUACACGUUGAAAAGCUUAAUGUUGAUUUUCUGGCACAGUUCUGGAUUAUUAAAAGAGAUUGUUUAUGAGCAUUUAGACAAAUGUGAUCAUAGAUACCAAUGUGAAUUCGUCUUGGCCAAAUUCUGACAAGCUAACUUUACUAUUUUUUUUUUGCUAAGUAUCUCUAAAGAGGUAGAUUUGGGAAACUGUAGAUGUUGUCGGUACUUUAUUAAUGUACUCCAGCUAGAGACCACCAGGGGUACACCUGCAGUUGAACAAAUUGGAUUUAAUGCUCAUUGCAAUGAUGGAGAGAACAUGCCAUGCAGAACCAUAGUGUAUCUUGCAAGAGGGUGUCAGAAAGGACUUACAGGACCUGGACUUUGCUAAAGUGACUUAGGGGAAGGUUUGAGGAAGUGGGGCUUCACUCUGGAUUCAGUGCUGUCAGGGAAGCAGGGAUAAUUCCAAGAUUGGCUAUCUUUAUCUUAUCUAGAAAAAGGGCGGACUAAAGUGAAGCUGAAGCUGUAAUAGGUAAUGAAGCAGCAGUCACUCAUUAGCUGGGAGAGGGGGAUGUUUGCUGUUUUGUGGUUUGCACAGUUACCUUGUUUAGUGCUUAAGCACAAUUUCAAAGUGGUCUUGUUUUUUGCCUCACUUCAUCACAGUUACUGAGUGUCCUUGGCUAAUGUUGGUGUUUUGUGAGGCUUUCUGUCCAACAGGAGAGCACCAUUUCCUACCUGUGAGCCCAGGUUAGCCCCUAACAGUUCCAAACCUAGCUGUAUCAGGCCAGUUCCCAGAUGUCAGAGCUUCUUUCCACUUUCUCACCUGCUAAGUCACUGCAGAUAAGCAAAUAAUGGGUUGGUUAAUAGUAGCAUUUGACAGAAUUAAAACUGAACAUUUGUGCCUAGUAAAUGUUGAUUAGCACAUUCAUGUUAGAGAAAUCUCUAGUCUCUAGUGAUAUCCCCAAAGGUUAUGUUUUAUUUUAAAAAAAAAAAGUAUAAAAAUAUGAAGAGCCCAACAGUAACACAAGGAAGUACUAAGUAAUAUUGAAAGUGUCUGUAACUUGGAUUGACUAAAUUAAGCCAAGGGGUCAAUUUGGAUCAAUUUAGGUUGACUCUCCCCAUGAAAAAUUGUUUGUGCCUCUCUGAGGAACAAAUGCAGAGAUCUACAUUAGCAGUAAUUCACAUGAGAACAACGUGGGACUUCCAAUUGGUUACAUAAAAUUAAAAUCUUACUCUUCAUAAUGUCAAUAAAUAUUAAGAGCCU